CCCCACACUCGCACCGCGCGCGGCGGUUUGAAACCCCUCGCCUCCCCCUCUAUUUAUCCCCUCACAGCCCACCAGGACUCGCACCCACUUCACUUCACUUCACUCCGCACAGCGCCGUUCCCCUGAGGCUCUCCUUCCCGUCCCGUCCCACUCCGCCCCAACCCAAUGGCGCUUCGCCAAGCCGUCCUCGCGGUCCUUCUCGCCGCGCUGCUCCCGCAUGCGCUUUCACGCGGGCUGUGGCUUGGUCACGCCCACCGGCACGCGCUCUCACGCGGGUCGGGGCUUGGUCACGCUCACCCACACGGGCCUGCGCACGGGCACGCACCGCUCGGUGGCGGCGCGUGGUCCUCCGCCCACGCCACCUUCUACGGCGGCGGCGACGCGUCCGGCACCAUGGGAGGGGCUUGUGGGUACGGGAACCUGUACAGCCAGGGGUACGGCACCAACACGGCGGCGCUGAGCACGGCGCUCUUCAACAACGGCCUCAGCUGCGGUGCCUGCUUCGAGGUGCGGUGCGACGCGGCCGGCGGCGGGAGCCACUCGUGCCUGCCCGGCUCGGUCAUGGUGACGGCCACCAACUUCUGCCCGCCCAACAAUGCACUGCCCUCUGACGACGGCGGUUGGUGCAACCCGCCGCGCGCCCACUUCGACAUGUCGCAGCCCGUCUUCCAGCGCAUCGCGCUCUACAAGGCCGGUAUUGUCCCGGUCUCCUACCGCAGGGUUGCGUGCCACAAGAAGGGCGGUAUUCGGUUCACCAUCAACGGCCACUCCUACUUCAACCUGGUCCUCGUCACCAACGUGGGCGGCGCCGGCGACGUGCACGCGGUGGCCGUGAAGUCUGAGCGCUCGGCAGCGUGGCAGGCCCUGUCGCGUAACUGGGGCCAGAACUGGCAGAACAGCGCGCUCCUGGACGGGCAGAGCCUCUCCUUCCGCGUUACCGCCGGCGACGGCCGGUCCGUUGUCUCCUCCAACGCCGUGCCGCGCGGCUGGUCCUUCGGCCAGACCUUCAGUGGCGCCCAGUUCACCUGAGCAUCUCUGUUGCCGACGCAGUAGCAGUACUACUCGAUGGUCCUAGUAGUUGUACCCCAACUAGAUCUUGCUGGGAGGCGCCAUGGUUUUAUGAAUGGUGCUUCCCGCAUUAGUUCUUGGGAAUUACCAGUAAUUAGGCCUAGUAUUAGCAUGGGUUUGUGCUGGUGCUAGCCUAGUGUGAGUGUUCUUUCGCGUUUGAGUGUUUUGGCUAGGGAAUUAUUGGAGGUGGUGGUAAGGCUGGCUUGAAGAUUAAUGGAGGCCGCCUUGUAUCACCCGCCAAUGGCCGUUUGGGUUGGGCCUCGCGGUGAUGGCCUUUCUCCGGAGUUGGAGAUGUUUUGUUUGGUGUGUGUUGGUUGUAAUCGACCCUAUCAACUUAUCUUACUAAAAGUUUUAGGGCUGGUU